CAUAGGCUCUUGCUUUCGCAUAGGCUACGGGACGUAUUUAAAGGCUCGUGCAUCAGGAAUAAGGAGUCUUAUUAAGCAGACUAGAGCACGCGCGCACACUCUCCUCUCCAGUAACUUUUCUCGUGAUGAUGGGUGCGCUCGUGGUUGGUGGUCCCAGCAGCAGCGGAUUCUCUUCACACGUCUCCGUCGCGACUCCCGGUUCUCUCUUCCUGCACGCGCACCUGGCCCCGGCGGCGGAGCGGCUCUCGCGCAGCGCGCUCUCGCCCCCGGCAGAGUUCGCGCACCUCCGCGGCGUCCUUCGGCGGCGGCAGCUGUACUGCAGAACCGGGUUCCACCUGGAGAUCCUGCCGGACGGAAGCGUGCAGGGCACGAGGAUGGACCACAGCAGAUUCGGCAUUCUGGAGUUUAUCAGCCUGGCUGUGGGGUUGGUGAGCAUCCGUGGUGUUGAUAGUGGCUUCUACCUGGCCAUGGACAGCAAAGGGCAUCUGUACGGCUCGGAAAAGCUGACGGCAGAGUGUGUUUUCCACGAGCACUUCGAGGAGAACUGGUACAACACCUACUCGUCCAACCUGUACCGGCACGGCGAGCAAGGGCCACACUACUUCGUCGCUCUGAACAAAGAUGGCACUUCGCGAGACGGCGCUCGAUCCAGGAGGUACCAGCGCUUCACGCACUUCCUCCCACGACCUGUCGACCCAGACCGCGUGCCCGAGCUUUACAAAGACACCCUGGGACAAAGCUGAGACGAGGUUUGCGUCUCAGAAAUGCUGGACAUCAACGAA